UACUCCGUAAAAGAUUUGUUUCCUGUAAAGGAAAUCAGCUUGUGCUUCUUCCCCAAGCAUUCGACAGAUACUGAAACACGUCUCUCUGUCAGUAUCCCAUCCACCUCGUACAGUACGCACCCCCCACCCCUCACCCCCACCCACCCCCAGGGCACUUUCACUCCCUCGGCGAAGACGAAAAAUCAGGACAGAGUCUGUUGAAAACUUUCCAAUUAAACUGUUUCUUUUGAUAAUCGCAGCUGCAAAGGAUCUUGGGAACUUCUUCUGUAUCUUCCACAGAGGUUAUUUGCAUAGUGUUCUCUCUCAUUGUGCUGAGAUGAGUUGAAUAUCAAGAUAUUGCAAAAUGGGACCUGAAUUAGAGAACAAGCAAAACGCAGACAUGAUUUUGGAGGCUUCUGCAAAGAAGGAGAACGGAACUGAUUCUAAAGAACUUGAAGCUAGUCAUGUAAGCAACUAUGAACACUGUACCUCAUUGGUUGAACAAGUAAAGGGAGUCCAUGGCAGUGAGGAUGAUGAAAUUGAUAUUACAGAAUGUACAAGACCAACUAAUAAUGUGCUAGUGGAAUCAGACAAGGAAGAAUUGACAGAGAGUUCAAGUUCUUUUGAGAGUAUUUCUUCUGAAGCAGAGAAUUGCUGCACAACUAUGAGUGAUGCCGAGUGUACAUCAGAAUACAACGGUGACGCUACAUCGCGACUAGCAUUUAGUGGAUUUGGUGACAUAUUUAGGAUGACGAGGAAAAAGGUGACCCCUCACUGGAGAGACUUUGUACAACCUCUUAGGCAGCGAUGCAAGUUGAUUGAACUGAAACUCCAUAUGCUUCAGUCUCGAGCUCGAAAAUAUGAGAAACAAAUGGGGGAUAUCAAGUGUCAGAUGCAACUUCAGCUGGGAAGUGUUGAAUUGGAAGGUUUAGGUUCGAAGUCACUUCCAUUUUCUUGUAAUAGUUUAAGAGAUAAGGUUGUGAAGAGAAAGAAGAGAAGAAGAACUGAAGACACACUGGAUAUAGCAGCUUAUAUGUCUCAUCAUCCCUUGUUUUCUUUCUUUGAAAAGAGAAACUCAAUUGCUGAUGGUUCUUUUCCGGACAAUGAGCUGGGAAAAAUAGGUAAGGAUGCAUACUUUUCUUAAUCUUGAGUUGCAAUUGCUGUUGUUUUGUGUUGCUUCUUGGUGGAAAAAUAUUUUGAUAACAUCAAAAUAGCAAUGGAUACAUUGUUCCUAUUCAUGUCUCUUGCUCACCAAUAUUAAUGGCAAUUGCACACACAACAGAGGUUAUGUUUGGAUGUGUAUGAAUUGGACCUCUUGUGAGACAUGUGCUGUUUGGUUAAGAAUUUAUAAUUGUCUCUUGAGUACAAGUAUCUUCAAUGUUGCACACAGAUGUUAAAGAUUGUAGGUUUCAAGUUCACUUUGUACUUUUCCUUUUUGAGUUUCUGAGAUUUGUUGAUGAAAAUGUUGGUUUAUGUUUAGUCAACAAUGGCAUGCUGAAAAUG